GUCACGAAUGCUUUACAAGAAAUCAUUCUAAUUUUAUCGAGCUAAUGCAAGUGAAUAUACCAUGGUGCUUAAAAUGUGGAGCGCACUUCUGAUUGUAGCGGCAACUAUUUACACCGGAAGUUGCCAGUGUCCAGUUGGUGCCCCUUUGAAGAUUUGCGACGUAGGCAAAGAAAGACCAUGUCCGAUAGGCUACUACGGCGACGGCUCGGGAAUCAAUAAUAUUUGUUACUGCUGUCGCCAAGCUUGUUGGGGCGGAGCUCCUAUUACCGAUAACUACGGACGGGUCAUCGAGUGUGGUCCGGGACAGAGGGGAAUCUGUCCCCGUCCCGACACCACCACCUGUACCCGGACCGGAUACUUUGGCGCACGGUCAUUCUGCUGUCCCAUUAUGCACACAGCACUAAGUGGUUAGUCCGACAUCGUUAAAUUUAUAUAUUAACUCGAACCUGGAUACAAACAUAAAGUAAAACAGUGCAAAUUAUCGAUACUUGUGUGUAAUUUUAUAUUGUUUUGGAAAAUGAACUACCUAUUUUGUUUAUCACUGAUAUUUCACUUUCAACAAGAUAAUCAUAAAAUAUUGGUAUACGUCAAUGUAUGUCCAUGUUAUAUAUACAUGUUCUUUUGUUCUAAUAAGUUAAAUGAUAGCAUACGCAU